UUCAUGCAUAAUGUUUUAGUGUCUCAGUCACGAGUUUUUUGAUGGUUUUGAUUUACCUGCCCUGCUUCUACUCUGCAAGUUCUCACCACCAACGACCCUUAUUUUACUGGAGAUCAUUUUUUCCUUUGAAAUCAAUUCGGCUGAAUCAAUCAUUGCACAAAAAUUGUGUAAAGAAAAUCCGCUGAUACAUGGGAGACCUUUACUUUUGCUGGCGGUCCUUUAUUCCUCGCACUCUUUUUCAUCGUGCAUAUGUCUUGCAAUUGGAUUUCCUUCGAGCUUCAGUUUCACGUUGCUGAUUCGCUGGCUUCCAAGGAGUCGCGAGUUCAUUCAAUGAAUGAUGAAUGACAGUAGGAGAGUCCUGAAGUCAAGACCAUGACAAUUUAUAUCGGCACCAUAGGUAUAAUAUUUGCGAAUGGAGAGGGAACUUUCAUCUCGUCGGUCUCGGAGGUGGAACUCUCGUAUUAUGGAGUACUCCCAUACCAUCAACGUUCGCACCAUUUUCUACGAUGCUAUGGUUACUCCAUAGAUAACUUAUUCUAUUACGGUAUAUAUAUAUGGCCAAGCUCAUUAUUUUUGCUCUCAGGGAUAUCCAUAUCCGAGCCUUUUAUUCAGUAAUACCAGUAUCAGAUUUCGAAAGCGAAGAAGACCUGAACGCUCAACAGAUACCAAUCCUUUCAAGGUAUCACAAGAACUGGAACGAAUACCUCACCAGAAGUGUACCCGCCAGAGCUAUUUUUGAAGUCAUUAGGUAUAUUUCCCUUCCAAGAAUUUCAACGAUUGCGUCAGCCAUACAUGGAAUUAUCAACCGACUGGUCAGUAGAUCUUUACAGAAGAGCGGCGCCUAAUUCACCUGAAUCAACCCACUCAUUUGCUAUCGCCUUGUACCCCCGUACCAAGACAACAACCACCAAGGACGAACCAGAUAGCAAAUAUCCCUCUGGGAUUUCCAGCGCAUCAACGGAUGACCAUAACAAUUAAUAUUGCUGUGAUUCUGAAACAAAGUAUUAUUGAUCGACCCCCCCUGUCUCAACAUCCCAGACCUCAAAACAGCUCCCCGGCUUGAUAGUCUGGCCCCCGCGGGUUACAGGUCUUCUUUGUAUAUUUCUUGUAUUAAGUGUAUGUCCUCGCCAAAAUUGUUCAUUUUUCUCCUCCUUUCUCUCUUUUUCCUACACAGAAGUCAUUCACUUUAAAUUUUCUUUUUUCUAUUGUCAUUACCUCGCAACAAAUACUAUUAAUCCUUCGCUUCGGCUAUUUUCGGACGUCAACAAUAGAAACAAUAGAGCAAGUACUCAUUGUGACUCCUAAUAGAUUUAUUAAUUAUUCACAAUACGAUUCUUCAAUAACCACCUCGCAAUUUCACAGUCAAGUCGACUAUAAUACUCCUACAACAUAUUCGACCUUUCUUUUCAAAAGACUUUUAGACUUUCUUCGUGGAACCUCGAACUCUCAUUACUGCUCGGGGAUCAAAUCAACUAUCACCCACGCAUAGAUUGCCUAGACAGACUACACUGCAUCACUGCAAAUCCAAAAAAACAAUAUUUAAUACCCUGGAGGUACAUUUCACAAGAUAGAUCACCAAGAUGGAUGCUUUUAAAGGUUACUUAGCUGCCCAGAAGGGUCAACAUACUCAAGCCGCCUCCAAAAAUUCUCCCUUCCACAGCGACCACGAAAUGCACCAUUACGGAGUCCACCCUAACACAAACGCCGCACCUGCUGAUGACUACUAUACACCAUACCUUGGCCUUAGAGCACGUUUAUCACAAACCUGGAUCAAUAGAUGGACGGUUCUUUUACUACUUAUCAUUGUUCGACUUCUCAUAUCCUUGUCCACUAUCAAUGGAGACAUAGCCUCUGCAAAAACUGAAGCAUUAUCAGCAUGUACUAGUGUUGAGAACGUUGGAAGUGCUAUGGCUUCUAUGCCUCAUUAUCUGUCUCAAGGUGUCAACAGCAUGGCCGCUGCUGGUAUUACAAAAGCUGUUAAUGGUAUGAUGGAAAUGCUUUACUUGACUCUUACUGGAGUUGAGGAAAUCGUUCUCUUCGUCAUUCAUAUGAUGACCUCAACGUACAUGUGUCUCAUCACGUUGGCUAUCACUGGUAGUCUCCAAGUCGCCAUCCAAAUGAUCGAAGAUGUCGGUGCCUUCAUGAACAAGUCAAUUGAUACCAUCACUGGCGACAUGUCAUCUGGACUGAAAUCAUUCGAAGAUGACCUCAAUGGUUUCUUGUCCAAGAUCAACAUCGGUGGUAUCUUUGGGAGCAGUACCUCACCACCAAAAAUCGAUUUGAGCAGUGAGAUCAACAAACUUAACUCCAUUCAGAUUGAUCCCACAACCAUGGACGCCGAUCUUGCCAAACUCAACGCAUCCCUUCCAACGUUUGACCAAGUGCAAAAUUUCACCGAUAGCAUCAUCAAGCUUCCAUUUGAAGAGGUAAAGAAACUUGUCAACGAAUCAAUGGUUGGUUACAAAUUUGACGAUAGCGUUUUUCCGGUCCCUCAAAAGAAAUCGCUAACAUUUUGUUCCGGCAACACCGCCAUUCAAGACUUCUUCGUCGGUCUCGUCAAAACACUUAAUAUCGCCAAGAAAGUUAUGCUCAUUGUCCUCAUCAUUGCUGCCAUCCUCGCUUGUAUUCCCAUGGCUUACCGUGAGAUUUGGGGUUGGAGAAGCAUGCAGAGACGAGCUGCCUUGCUCAAAGCUCAAAACUACACUAAUGAGUUGGAUAUCCUUUAUCAAGCUCAUCGUCCCUACACUUCACAAUUCGGUCUGAAAUUGUCAAGAAGAUUCAAAGGCCAAAAGAAUCAAAUACUCGCGAGAUGGUUCAUCGCGUAUGCUACAUCUAUCCCAGCACUUUUUGUACUAGCCCUCGGUAUGGCCGGUCUCUUCACCUGUCUCUGCCAAUUUAUCAUUCUUCGUACAAUCGAGAAAGAAAUUCCGGCGCUAGCAGCUGAAGUUGGAGAUUUUGCUGAACAUGUUGUCCAAGCUUUGAAUAAUGCAUCAGAGGCUUGGGCCUUGGGAGCAAACUCUGUCAUCAACAACACAAACACGGAAAUCAAUGAAAACGUUUUUGGAUGGGUCAACACAACAACGGGUGCUAUCAACGAGACAUUGAAUGUCUUUACGGAUGAGAUGACCAAAGCUCUCAACGUCACAUUCGGUGGAACCAUUCUUUAUAAACCCAUCAUGGGCGUUUUCGAAUGUUUGGUUGGACUUAAAAUCGCUGGUAUCGAAAAGGGACUUACAUGGGUUAGCGAUCAUGCUCAUGUAGAGUUUCCUGAAUUCCAAUCCGACGUCUUCUCACUUGGUGCCGCUGCUUCUCUUACAAAUUCCACAGCGGAUGACAACUUUCUCGCCAAUCCUGCUACUUCCACCACAGACGAAAUCACAGACGCAGUUGUGAAGGUAGGCAAGAAAUUGGAAGCUGUCAUUAAACAAGAAGCUCUUAUUUCUACUUCACUCGUCAUCGUUUACUUCGUGAUUGUUUUCAUUGGUUUCGUACGCGUGGUAAUUGGCAUGUGCGGAAGAGAUAAAUCUCGAGCGGAAGGCGGUUCAGGACCUAGCACACGCUAUCGUAGUGGGUUUCUUCAUCAACAUCUACCUGUGAUCCGAGAGGAAAAAUUCGGUUCAAAUGCAAAUGAUGGUUGGCAUCAAGAGCACAUGCGAGCAGGUGGAGAGACAGGAAUACGAAUGCCAUUUGGAGGCGAUGGAGCUGCUGAUGAUCUCCCGUAUGAUGGUGCGCCCGCUCCAAAAUACGAAGCAUCUAUCGCGCCUGUCACAACUGAAAUUGGAUCAGAGAGGUUAGGGGUAGUUCCCGGCGGAAGAGCAAAUACCAAUAGAGGACCAUGGGUUAGAGAUGAGAAAGGGGGAGAGAGAUGGGAAGCGGAUGAUGCGCAGAUGAGAGCGACUAGCUCUUACGGAUUCUUGGAAAAUGGUGAUGAGAAAUCUCCGGGCUGGAGUUUACCGCCGAGGAGGGUCUAAGAGCUGGGUCUCUUGGACGGACGGGAGAAAUGGAUGGAAUGACUGGACGACGUUAUGAGGGAUAUAAUAAUUACAUAUAUUGCUGCAAGCAUGGAAGCAUCAUAAAUGCAUAUUAGAUAGAUUGCGGUAAUCCAUGGGGAACAAAUGGAUCAGAGUGAAAGGGAGGCAAUCAGUGGAAAGAAGAAUAUGUUUAGAGAUUUGUAGAAGUAUAUAGGUAGUAAUUCGAAGUUCUUGAACGAUUAAAUGGCUAGAUUAUGAUGUGAUGAAUGAUAAAUCGCUGAAUGAAUAUAUAUAUCAUAUCAUACUGUAUUAUACUUUCCUUGUCUAUCUAUAAUAGUGACUCUUUUUAGAAAAUGCCCAAAAGUCAGAGUACUACAAAUUUCACAACAUGUACUAUAUAACUUCAGUAGUCUUACGGUAUUACAUGUCACACCUGUCUCUCCCUUACUAUUCAUCCGUCCAUCCAUCAUUGCAAUCCUCGAGUAUCUAAACUGUAAAGUUGAUUGUUUAUUAAUCAUUAAAAUUUAUAUAUGAGGAGUAUCAAGCUCAAUACACCACACCAUAUCAAGCUCCUCUCUUUCCUUCACCUCAACUUGUAUACAAGUUCUAAUCAUAGGCCUUCAAGACCCCCCACUCGAUCCAGCCCCCCAUCUAUCAUUUAUCAUCAUUUAUCGAAAGAUAAUAAGUUCUCUUAAUUAGUUCUUCUCUUUAAUUAGUUUU